AUAUUCCCUUCUUCUUCUUCUUCUUGUCCUCCUCCUUCGUCUUCUCCAUCUUCCCGUCCUUCGAUCCAUCAAAAGCUGGCCGGCCGAGACGACGUGCAUAGCUAUAAAUAAUAGCCCAUAGCAUCCUCAACAACCAGACAAGAAGAACCACGCCGCCGGUUGUUUGUUAAUUUCUUCCAUGGAGAGCACGGAGCUGAAAGUGGAGAUGGUGGCGUUGCAUGAGAAGCGGGUACGCAGAUGCCUGUCCAAAGUGAAAGGGAUCGAGCGGGUGGAGGUGGAGGCGAGCCUGCAGAAGGUGGUGGUGACGGGGUGCGUGAACCGGAGCAAGAUCCUCAAGGCGCUCCGCCGGGUGGGGCUGCGCGCCGAGCCGUGGUCACCGCACAACGAGCUGCUCAGCGCCUACGCCGCCACCACCACCCUCGUCUUCAACAACUCCUACGCCUUCUUCUGAUCAAGUCAUCUCAUCCUUUAUAGCUAGAUAGCUACUGUAAUCUCUCUCUCUGCGUGCUUGGCUUGCUUGGAGUUUGUUGGGAACGUGAACGACGGACGGCGUUCCACAUGUACACAACAUGAAUGGCAUUUUAAUC